GAAGACAGGGUGCAUUAAAGAGCCGCCCAUCCCCACUUGGCUCCCCUGGAGUUACUCCUCUGAGUCCCAGACCUUGGGAACCGAGCGCCGUGAAAUCAUCCUCUUUCUUGCAUCAUGCAUGGCCACGUUGCACCCCCACCCCGUGCCCCUACCUCAAGUCACCACAGUCAGAGGGCGAAACUUGAACCCCGGAGGAGACUUCCACCCCCUGCAGGGGCCUGAUGGGCAGUGCAGCUGGCCAAUCCUAAGGCUCAGAGGUUAGGUGUGCAGGCUGACCACUAGGUGAGGGAGCCCAAGCAGUAGGCUCUAAAGAGACCGUGCUCAGUAGUCAGGCAUGAACUGUGAGGGUCAAACCCAUCAGAUGAUCUACUCUCAGGCUUCCUGAACCCCGGGCCACCGAGGACAAGUAGCUCUCUCUGCCCUUCCUCAAAAGUAGCUGAGCCAUUGCUUGCUCCUGCUCCUGCUCCUGCUCCUGCUGGCUGCGGCUGCUACUGCUGCACCCUCUGGCUCGUUAAACUGCCAUCCGAGGCUCUCAGCUCAGGGCCAACUACCUGGGGCAUGUGGCUCUCAGAUGUCCAUCUCUGGCCAGUGCUUCUGUGGGCACUGGCGUGGGUGCAGAGCACAAGAUCUGCAUGCCCGUCCUGUGGAGGCCCAACCCUGGCACCCCAAGGAGAACGCGCUCUGGUCCUAGAGCUAGCCAAGGAGCAAAUUCUGAAGGGGCUGCACCUGACCAGCCGUCCCAGAAUAAGUCGCCCUCUGCCCCAGGCUGCACUAACCAGAGCCCUCCGGAGACUGCAGCCCCAGAGCGUGGUUCCUGGCAACCGAGAGGAAGUCAUCAGCUUUGCUACCAUCGUAGGCAAAUCCACAUCAGCCUACCGCUCCAUGCUCACCUUCCAGCUGUCCCCUCUUUGGUCCCACCACCUGUACCAUGCUCGCCUCUGGCUGCAUGUGCCUCCGUCUCUCCCUGGCACGCUCCACCUGAGGAUCUUCCGAUGCGGCACCAGGAGGUGCCGAGGAUCCCGCACCUUCCUAGCUGAGCACCAAACGACUUCCUCAGGCUGGCACGCCCUGACUCUGCCCUCUAGUGGCCUGCGGAGUGAGGAAUCUGGAGUCGUCAAACUCCAACUGGACUACAGACACCGGGACCCUAACAGCACUGUCUCUGGACUGCCAAGGCGACUCUUGGACACAGAGGGACAGCAACGUCCCUUCUUGGAACUUAAGAUCCGAGCUAAUGAACCUGGAACAGGCCGGGCCAGGAGGAGGACUCCCACCUGUGAGCCUGAGACCCCCUUAUGUUGUAGGCGAGACCACUAUGUGGACUUCCAGGAGCUGGGAUGGCGAGACUGGAUCCUGCAGCCUGAAGGAUACCAGCUGAAUUACUGCAGCGGGCAGUGCCCGCCCCACCUGGCUGGCAGCCCUGGCAUUGCUGCCUCCUUCCAUUCUGCUGUCUUUAGCCUCCUCAAAGCCAACAACCCUUGGCCUGCAGGCUCUUCCUGCUGUGUCCCCACUGCCCGAAGACCUCUCUCAAUCCUCUACCUCGACCAUAACGGUAACGUGGUCAAGACCGAUGUGCCAGACAUGGUAGUAGAGGCCUGUGGCUGCAGCUAGCAAGAGGACCUAAAGAUUCUGAGUGAAGUUCAAGGUUCAAGUCGAGGAUUCCCUGGCAAAAGACUCCUGUGUCUGGAAGCGGGAGAUUUGCUGACGCAUGCAAACAUACAACCUGGCAGUGUGACUGGGUUUGACCUCUAUGGAACUCAGAUUGGCAUUUUCUCAUCCUAGAUUCCGGUCUAUUUCAGGCUGUUUCAAAUGUAGACAGAUGGGGAAACUGCUUCCUUUUUCAGGGGACUGCCUGGCCAGCGCCAUUUCCUAAGCGGAGCCCUGUUCCAGGACAGCAAGGGAUGUCGUGGGCGGGAAAGAAGAAAAUUCCUCAAGUAACCGAGGAAGAAGUAGAGGGCCCAGUAGAUUGGGAAAAGGUAGACAAGCCGGCUAAUAACAGCGAUUAUUGCCUGCUUUGAAGCAAUGUCAACAGGAAGAUGAGCAAGGUGUGGGGUGGGGGGAGGGCCAAAGGGGUAAGAAGGGAUGCUGGGCCCAGGAAGUUCCCCUAGCUUUCCCCGGAGGACAAGACCCACAUGGAAGACAUAAUUUAUACUUUCUUAAUAAAAGUGAGAAAGAAAAGCAA